AUGGAAGUAACCAGAGACCAUCUCGGUCUUACUCUUCCCCUGUUCCUCUUCCUGCUCCUCUCUCCGGGAGCCUUGGUAACCGGCGUAUCCGAUCUGCUCAACGAGGGCAAUAACAUCACCGACGGCAACACGCUGGUCUCAGCCGAUGGGUCGUUCAUCCUGGGCUUCUUCUCUCCCGGGGUGUCCACCAACAGAUACCUCGUGAUAUGGUUCUCCGUGUCCAACACCACCGUCUGCUGGGUGGCGAACCGUGAAAGGCCCGUGAACAGCACGGCGGGGGUUCUGGUGUUCAGCGACACCGGAAACCUUCUCCUGCUCGAUGGCUCAGGCCAGACCGUAUGGACAUCCAACUCCACCACAAGGGCAGCUCCUGGGGUUGCGCAGCUUCUUGAAUCCGGCAACCUGGUCAUCCGUGAACAAGCCGGCCACACCACCGUGUGGCAAUCCUUCGAUUAUCUGUCUGACACGCUGCUUCCUGGUAUGAAGAUGGGCAAGAACCGAUGGACAGGGUCCGAGUGGUACCUCUCGUCGUGGCGUUCAGCCGACGACCCGUCUCCGGCCUAUCGGUUCGUCACGGAGGCGAACGGGCUACCGGACAACACCCUCUGGGACGGGAGCACCAAGGUCUACCGCACAGGGCCCUGGAACGGACUACGGUUCAGCGGCACCACGGAGGACGCGACGUACACCGACAUGUUCAAGUUCGUCGUCACCAUCAACGACGGGGAGGUAACCUUCGGGUACACGGCGACACCCGGCACGCCCCCUUCCCGCAUCGUGGCGACGUCCACCGGCUUUGUCAAGCGGCUGGUGUGGGAGGAGAGCAGGAAACGAUGGGAGACCUUCUUGCAGGGGCCGAGGGACGUCUGCGACGCCUACGCCAUGUGCGGGCCGUUCGGCCUCUGCAACGCCAACGCUCCUUCCACGUCCUUCUGCAGCUGUCCCAGGGGCUUCACGCCCGCGUUCCCCGCGGAGUGGGACCUGAGGGAGAACUCGGGUGGAUGCCGGCGAAGUGCCGCGCUAGACUGCGGCACGGACGGGUUCAUGGUGCUCCAGGGCGUGAAGCUCCCCGACACGUUCAACGCAUCGGUGGAUGCGAGCACCACGGUGGAGGAGUGCAGGGCAAGGUGCUUCGCCAACUGCUCCUGCUUGGCCUAUGCCCCUGCUGAUAUUAAGGUAGGCGCUGUCGCUGGGUGCAUCAUCUGGACAGGAAACAUCACCGACCUACGCUACGUGGAUGGAGGGCAGGCUUUGUACAUGAGGCUGCCAAAGUCUGAACUAGGUGCGUACAACCUCCUCCUCUCGCCAUUUUCACCGAAAACAACAAUUUCAAUUACAGUGGGUGGUUAA